AUGAAAUGUAUUUUGUGUAUUUGAAUCAUGCACAUAAACAACCGAAAUGUAAUAUGUGUCUUUCAACACUAUGGGGCUCUAGGUUCUUGCAGCUUAAAAAAAAUGUACCUGAUAGUGGAGUUCAUUCACGAAGGGAGUACCGGACCUGUCGCAAAGUCUUGGUACUCAGAGGGUCACUCGUGGUGGCCUCCAUACAAGGAGAUAGACAGGGUGUUGAAGAGUGUCCGGUUGAUGGAGGCACCACAACCAGAUAAAGGUUGGACCAAGCAUCAGGCCAGAAUUCUACACGAGUCAGCAUCUUUUGACAAGAUUUCAAAGAAAUGGAAACAGGCAUGCUACACAUCUGACAUCUCGGAAUCUGAAAUGCCUGCAAAAAGAAUUCCGAAAAAGAAAAUAUACACAUCAGAUGAUGAGCCUUGCGAUACUCCCCACAAAAAAAAGAAACUAAAUAAAGAAAAAAGUCUACCAACACCAAGGGUCCCACCUGCACCAAAAGCUCCAACACCCCCAAGACAUAUCAGGGCAAAAGGUCCCCUUGUACGACCUCAGCUAACAUCAUGUAAAACAAUUAACAGUUUUUGCAAUUCAUUUGUCCGCGACCAACAAAAAGCUACAGAAAAGCAACAGCAGGCCUGUUUUGAAACUCCCUCCACUAGUCAAGUUUCAGCUCCAGACGUACCUGUGAGGUUCUGCCAGGAAGUGGAGCACCAAGACACUUGGGAUAAACCCCAACCUGAAAAUCAAGAGGACACAUUUUCUGUGCUGCGGCCUUUACAAGACAGAGCACCACACAACACAUACUCUGUCCAAGAUCCAAAGCCAUCAGCAGAUCAAAGAAAAAUGCAGACACCAGUUUUUCCAAUAAGCAUGUCCCAUGUAAAUGAGCAAGAAGAUGCUUGGGGGGACCACCCAUCGAGCUAUCGAGAAGACACAACUUCUGAGCUGAGACCUUCAAGUACCCAGGCAAGAGCGAAGAAUGCUUCUGGUAUCAGCCGAUGGAGCUGCAUCUCCAGUCAAUGCACACCUGUGGAGAGGGCAAUUUUGGAGAAGCUUAAUGAGCUGGACAUGAAGAUUACCCAUCUAACUUCAGUGGUCCAGUCCCUUGCCCCUCGGUCAAGUGGUCAAAUGGUGGUGGACACUGAGGAUGACACCUUUCCUAUUGAAACAAUUGAGGACCUUGAACAACUGGAAAGGCAAUUAGCUGAAAAACCAAUGAUGGAGAAGAUGAUGAAGAGGUUAUCCAUCAGAGGAGGACAAACUCUGAAAAAAACCAUUUGGCGUGUAGCCUCCAAAGUGUUUGGUCCAGUGGCCAAACAGCUCAACUGGUGUGGAAGAGGAGAUAAAAGAGGCCUAAAAAACACAAAUAUUGGGACACUUGUGAUAGGUGCAGCUAUGAGGAACCCCGUGCUUCCGUCUCCAACAGAGGCAGAAGCCGAAAAAUAUUUGAAAGACUUUCUCCGCUUGGCCCCAGGAAGAAUGGCCUCUUAAGCCAGUUGUU